AUGGCGGACGUCGACUCAGCCCCCGUCGAUAAUUCCUUCGCUGCCUCUGAACCCGGAGACGACGCAAGCGCACACAACACCGUCAGCGCGACAGUUGGCACUCGACGUCAGGCCAAUGGAACCAUCGGAUCGGUCUAUUCAGGAAACCGGAUCAAACACCUCAAGAAAGACGAUGGCAUCCCGCUUUGGCGCAAAGAUAUUCAAUACCAGUUCCUUAAACUCGUCUUUGAAGAUAAGACUCCAGUAUUCACACGCUACUCUGACGGGGCGAAGAACCUCGAUUUUGCCGACGUCUACAUAGACUGCAUGGCUAGGAGUAGCAAGACGAGCAAGAUUUUGAAGGACAAGCUGCAGAGUGAUAAAAGGGCCGCUAUCAGCAUGGCGAUGGUGUGUCUCUUGGUUAAUGUUGGCCGAAUGAACACUACCCUGAAUUUCUUCCCCGAAAUGCGAGCGCAACUAAGAACGUACCAUUCAAUCCCAUCCCUCCAGGCAAACCAGGAUCCGAACGCAUACAAGCAGCUACAGGAUGCCCCGCGCCUGAAGUCGAUCUUGAAAGGCGCUUCAGAAGACAACAAUCAACCUCCGACGAUGGAGAAGCUUAGAGAAUCACCAAAGCCUCGCACCAACCCGGUGCACCUCAUUUUCCUCCUUUCCCAGUAUGCGCCGAUGAUAUCCGAGGUGCAUUUUCCUGCCCCCUACGACUUUUUUGACUUGGUUAUGCGAAGUACCUUGAGCAGUAGAAGCAGAGCACGGGCUUUCCUAUGGCUGAUGUGGUGGUACCUGGAAAGCGAUUUCACGCGUGAAGAUGCUUUGAAUAACCCCUUUGGGUCUGGCCUGGAAGGAGAAGGCACAGGGGGCUUGCCUCAACGGGUACCGGCGCUUGAGAGCUUGACAGAGGAACAGGCGGAUGAAGAAAACCGAGAUACUCCCGAGGAAUUGAAAUACGGAGAUGAGAAGCAGCGAGAACGCAAGCGUAUUCUAGAGGAAGAUGAGCCUCUUCCAAGGAUUACAAAGCGUGUCAAGAAACAUGAUUUAGGCUACGAUGAUGACCAGAUUGGUUCUGCGAACUCAACUCCGCUUCACCCGUCUGCUCGUCGGAAUGGGCUGUUGAACGAGGAAGAGGAAGACUGGAUUGCGCUAGGGAACUCCGCUCACUCAAAAAACAAACGUCCGAAUCGUGAUUCGCCUGCAAACAGAUCGGCAACAAACCAGCGUCUUGUGCUGAAAACGAAAAUGGAUUCUACCUCCGCCGAGGCGUCGUCGCCCGCUCCUCCAGGAGCAGGUCACCCUAUCAUCAACCAAUACGUUGCCGAGGCAAUAACACCAAGUCAAAGCCAUUCGUCUCGUCGGCCACGCCCUUUAACGCAACACCAGUUAGCAGUGGAACAAAAUCGCCGACAUCGCAUAGAGUAUCUGUUGGCCCGGCGAAAAAAUGAGGCAUACAAGGUUCUGCGGGCUCGUCGUGAGAGUGAACCUGCAUUUCUCCACUGGAUGCGUAUUGCCCCUCAUUUGCUGGAGACUAAGAGUAUUGAUGAGUUCAAUGUACACGGCGAUAUGGCGCUGAUGACGGAUUUACUACUCAAGAGUGGCUACGAAGACUUUGGAGAGACAGCACAUUACUACUUGUCUGUGACUCGCAAGGCACUUAGAAGAUUGGACCGGUGGGACUGGGAGAAAGCCAACGGACCUAGCAAAGACCGCAAAAAGGCCCGGGAAGAGCGUCAAAAGGCAUAUCAGAAUGGCACUGCUCUUGCGGGCUUUGGGGGUAGCGCUAUUCAAUCAUCCCGCUCGGCUCGGUCGCGACCCCGGCCUCCCAGACGCAAGCCAGCUCCUGCGACCAGCUCAACUCCUUCAAAGGGAGGACAGAAAUCUACUGCAGGUCCUUCUGGGGAAGCUACAGGUCAAGAUGCCAACAAGCUAUUCCCAGAUAAAAGCAGCUUGGGCAACGCUGCGGCGGCGGCGGCGACACCUUCCAGUCGAGACAAACCUGCGCGUGACGAGGCGGAGUUUGAUGGCGAAGAGGAAGCGUUCGACGACGCGGACAAGGACGGACUCGGCGAGGCAAGCGGCCAUGAAGAUGACGAUUCCGAGCUCUCAUACGCCGAAGACGAUGAGCAUGACGAAGAAGGCGACGACGAAGAAUUGGACGAGGUCGAAGGGGAAGGCGACUAUUCGAUGCUCGAGGGCCGCAAUGGCUACGACAGCGACUCGGAAGUGGCAGACGACGACGUCGAGCAGGCGGGCGAUGAGGAUGAGGUUAUGGAAGACCAAUAG